AAUUUUUAUUGAAUAUAGAAUAAUGAAACAGUCUUUUAUCGACCGAGCAGCGAUUAUAACUAGAUCGAUACUCGAUUUUACUAGACAUGCAGGGUCGUAUUAAGAAUGAAAGUGAUGUCAAAGGACUAGUUACGUCGCUUGCCCGCGCGAUUUCGAAAUGAGUUCAACGGAUGAAAAGACUGACAUGGAAUUUGCAUUCAUCAGAGAGAAAAGUAUAAGUCAACGGGAAAAGAUAAAGGCAUUUUGGAAGUUCUUGGAUACUCAGAAUUGCUUGCAACCGCAUAAAGGGAUAUCGGAGCGCGAAUCGGCACCGGAACCGGAAACGUCAAGCGUGGAGGAAAUUGUGAAGGAGAAAGAUGUUUGGCACAAAGGGCUGAAAGUCUUCCAACAACUCGGCUUAGACAAGACCGCUCUCGCGGCUGAUAACAAAUGCAGACUUUGCCUAGCACACAAAACGAUCCAAUGCGAGGAUCUGGCUGACACUGUGACGCAAUCAUACGACGAAUUGAACGCCGAUAUGAAGGCCUUCGAGCAGCGUCAGAAAAUCCGCGAAUCAAGUCAGCGAGAAACUCCUACCAACGUGUCAGAUCAAGGCAACUGCAGUCGAAUAAAAACGACAAAAUAAUUGUAAUUUACAUGACCGAUGCCUUUUAUUUCCAUCUCGUGCUCCAAUGCACGUUGUAGCUUCCGUCAAAGAUCCAAAUUUCUUCGAUUUUUAAUAACUCAAAGAUAAAUUGAUUUUUAAUAACUCACACAAAUUCUCCUGUACAUUUAUUUACGAAUCAAUCAUCUAUUUAAUAUAUAUUUAAUAUAUUAAGUUAUUUUCAUUAUAUCUUUGCAGAAAAAUUACUUGUUAUAUAUAAAAAAAGGAAAUAUAUUGUUUUAGAAGAGUGUGCAAAAGAAUUAUUUGCAUUGAGAAGCUUAAAGAGAUGUGGCACAUUUCAAAAAUUUGAAAAUUUUACAAAUUAUUACAGUUUCUUAGUUAACAGUUACUUAAUUUUCUGUUCUUGAUUAUUAUUAUUAAAUCGCGUUUUAUAAUACGUAUUUAUAAAGUAAAUGAAGAAAUAGCAUUAUAAAUUAAAUCAAAUGUUUUAUACGUAUAAUAAAAUUCACAAAUAUUUAUGCAAGAGUUUAUUAGAAUCCACGUACUCGUUUGAAAGUUGUAACUACAGCAAAACAUUUUUGCUGCAUAAACCAAAUUCUUUUUUGUAAAAUUGUUUUCUUCCUUGUAGUUAAAUUUUAGGAAACUAAAUUUUAGGAAUUAAAAUUUUUUGUUGUUGAUUUGGAAGAAAAUAAACCUAAAAAGUUUCUUAAUUUCGAGAACUUUUAACUGGCUUUCGUAAAGCCGAAACAUCCUCCAGUUAGCAAAACGUUCGAUGAUAUAACAGAUGAUGCUUCGGUGACAUCAGCGAUCGCACCGACCGACCCGAUCGCACGCUUUGAAACCACCGUUCGAAGACAAGCGAUGCCAAUCGACGUAAUCGAUGGCAGGAGAAUUACAGCGUUUAUAAUGCCAAUGCGGGGCAGAGAGGGGAAGAGGACCAGCUCUCGGCGGAGGUUGCCGGUCGUUUAAUGGAAUUGGAACGGGCCGGAAUAUGGAUGAGUAGGGUAGCGCACAUCCCGAGGUACCGCGCGGCGGUGUAUCGGAUUUCCUUAGUCCAGGAGGUCGACGUUGUUUCGAGCAAGGUGCGCCGCCACGGGAGCUGUGCCCAUGAAUGGGCCGGUGGAUCCUGAAUCCUUACGCGACAUCUGGCCUCCUGGGCCGACGACGUCGUCUUCUUAUUGUCAGCCGUAUCUGAGCGGGAUACUCUGCGCCAAUCGAGAACAUCGCUCGAUUUCCUCGAAGUAUUCUACGAUUAUAAGAGGCGUGACCUAUUUUACCUUUUUUAAGAUUUUAAAGACAUUGAGUUUAAUCGAAUUUCCUCGAUAAUUUUGAAAGAAUUUGAUCGAAUCACUGUUGCACUAGAUUUUUCAAAUAUCGUUGUAUCCCGGCACAUUUUUAAAAUAAUAGAAAUAAGGCAGAAAAGGUCGAUGUACGAUGUAUUGAUAUAUUUUAAAAUCGUUUAGAAUAAAAAAACAUACCUCUUUUGAGCUUGAAAAAUUGAGUUGCCAUCGAAAACGCUGAUAACGAUAAACAGAUGUUGCAUCUACUUGUGAUAAUCUGCUUUAAUUUAUUUUUUAUUAUGUAAUUCAUAUUCUUGUGUAUAGCAAUUGACAUCAACGUAUCCAGACAGAAAAUUUUCGCAAUAAUUGUUGUAUAUGCAGCAGUGUAAAUCAUAUUUUUGCUAUAAAGGAAUUUUGUGAUUAUAAUAUCUAAAUCUAAUAAUGUCAAGUAUUUAUCAAAUAUUUAGAAAUAAUAUUGAAAUAGUGUUAUGUUGUAUUUUGCAUGUUGCUUCGAAAUUUUUUGUAAAAUUUUCAUUUAAGAAUGUUUAAUAAAACUGUACAAUUUUAUGUCGUAAUAUUUUCUUUUUGUUUUGCAAUAAUUUGAACAAUAAUUACAAAAUUAAUUUCUGAAAUGUAUUCAGCACUUGUACUAAAAUGAUUCUCACUAAUGUUAUAAUUAGUAGGCGUAUAUUUUCAGCAUCAAUUUUUUCAAAAUUGCUAUAUGUUAUUACAUACAUUUAAUUUAGAAUUAAUAAUUUCAAAAAUCAGAUUUACAAUUGUGACACAACAUAUCACACUCUAUAUUUUAAAAUUAAGACGAUGCUAAAAUUUGUCUGCGUGCACGCAGCAAAAAUUGAUCUAAUUUCAUAUACAAUAUCGAGCAAAAAUUGAUCUAAUUUAGACAGCAAAAAUUGAUCUAAUUUUAUAUAGGCAUAUCAAGUUACUUCAUUUGUAAAAAAAGAGGGAAAAAACAAUGUUAUUAUUAUGACACUACAAUGUUUGGAAACUAGAUCGGAGUAUAUUGCGACCGCUUGGUGUAAAAUGCAGCCGGAAGUUAAGCUCGGUCAAGCAGCUAUCGGCGCCGUCAGCAUUAUCUUUUAUGGACAAUAAUCAUCAGCGAUCGUUUGUGCGUCGCGGGGGGGUUUCCGUUUCGCUUCGAUCUUACGUUCUCCUUUUUUUUUGUCCUGCCUCGUGCCAUUACGCGCAGACCAUUUGUCUCCCGUGGAACGAACGGUCCAUUGUCUCGUGAGUUUCUCGAUCAGGGACCCCGCGCCGGAAAUCGGCCAUCGAAACCGCGCCCGUACGUCCGCACGCAGCAUAUAUAUACAUUGUACACCAUAUCGUAACACGUGUAUCUGCAAUCUCAUAAAAGUGUAUCGAUAACUUCGAACUAUUUCGGUUCGGGUGAUCCCCGAAAUAGUCCUUAAUAUAUAUAUGGAAUAGUUCCACCGAAGUUCGUGUAAAUAACAUAGCACGCUUAGGACAUGAUAGGAUCUAAAUUAUGGAGAGAAUAUUGGAAUUGGCACAUCGUCGGUUUCUGAAGCAAUUAUUUACGAGGGCCAAAUGGGGCAUGUGCUUAGUUGUCAAUCGUUCAAGUUACAUACAGAACGAGUCUAAUUCUCGAUGAUUCCUACACUGAGUUAUACAAGGCGUAUAUCCAGAUAUACCGUCGAGAAUCUUGCGAUAAUUAAGUUAUUGGAACGCGAUGCUAAAUAUUUCGUGAAUCGCAGAUGAUCUUAGCUAGAUGUUACUUUAUUUUGAAGCUUAUUUUAUGUAGAAAAAUAAAACACAACAAAUUGUAAAAUCAUAUAAUUUACGUAAACUGUAAAAAGUCAAUUGCAAUUGAAGACAUGUAGAAUGAGAUGAUGAGAAUAUGAAGAGAACACGAAGGAUGAACGUGCAAAUAGAGCGUGUCUCGACUUUUCAAUUCUUAUGUUAAUUUCCGAGACAUAAGUUUCCAAGUGGGAUGAGCGGCUGAUUCCUCCAAAAAUCUACAACAGUCUAUUUAUGUGACGGUAAAAAUUAUAUGAAAAUAUAAUAAAUACACAUGUCAAUUCGUAAAUGUAAUACGUCACAUCUUUUAUAUCAAUUAUUAU